AUGAAACUCAAGUUGUCGAGUAAGAAGUCGAGAGAAGAGAAGACUACUAGGAAAGCCCUUGAGCCCAACGGAAAAGUCACUUUCAACGAACAUUCGAGCGCAGUCGGGAGCCUUACCCUUGCGAGUGAGGGAGUGACUGUCCAAGGUGGUAUUUCAGACGUCAAGAUCCCUGAUACUGAGAUCAUGAUUAAAAAAGCGGGCUUGGAGACCUUCUUUGGGUUCAAGUCCAAGAAGAAUGAGGAGAAGCCGGAUGAGAAGAGUGGCAAGGACAAGAAGGACUCUAAGCCCACUGGCGAGAGCAAACCCGAGGUACUCGGCAAGGAUCAAGAUGGUGAGGUGGCAGAGAAGAGUCUGGUCAAGUCAAGUGAUAAAUCAUCUGCCAAGACUCCAUCUGAAAAGAAAGAGAAGGAUCACAAGACGAAAAGAAUCAAGAGAGGAAGCAGAUUCGGCAUUCUAGGUGUGGUCGAAAUCAACAAGGUCGCCAUCAAGGUCGGACUUUACACUGAGCAGAAGAAAGACAAGGAGAAGAGGGAGUGGCUGGCAUUCGGUGCUAUUGAGAACGUCAGGUUGAGAGAGAUCUGGAAUGAUAUUCCAGAGGAUAACUUUCUUAACCUGGAAUUGAGGAACAUUGCACUUAUCGCUUCAUCUCAUGAGAGGAAGAAGAAAAAUAAAGAUGACAAGAAAGAAGAUGAAGAUGGUAAUGAGAAGAAAAAGAAGACCGAUGGUGAUAAAGAGAAGAGUGAUGAGGUGAAGCCCAAGGCGAUUACCAAUGAGGUGUCAGAUGGCGAAAUCUGGAUAAACAGCCUUGAUGUGCUCAAAGUCGCUGAGGAGGAGAAGCCUGAUAAGGAUUUGAAGGAGGAAGAGAGAGAUGAGGACAAAGACAAGAGAGAAGAGGAUGAGGAUGAGGAUGAAGAGGAAGAAGAGAAGGAGCCAGACAACUGGGACGUCUUGGGAACGGUUGAUGCGUACAACUAUCCUGUUGUCAAAGGCCUGCAGCUUUGUACCACCAUCCUCUCCUUCCCACAGCUUGAGGAACUCAACGGGAAGAAGAAGUUGGAAGGACUCACACUCGUCUUAUCGAUAACUUCGAACGGCAAAAUCAGUGCUACUGUGAUCUCCCCGAGUCCUUCAAACUUCGGUACUACUAUCGCCAUCAAGUCGUCUACGGGGCCAGAGUUGAACAUCCACGCAACAUUGACUUUGGCCUUCAAAGACUCAGAUCCUAUUUCUGUGGAGGGAGUCAUUGUUGGAAGCUUCAAGGGUGCGAGAGGAGAAUUGGAAGUUUGGAAAAUGUCUGAUGAUUCUAAAUGGGUGAAUCCAUUUAAUCUGAACAAGAACAUGGUCUUUUCUCAGCUCGGGUUCGGAACAGGCUUUACAUACGCGACUGUUCUCGUUACUGGACCAGAUGAAAUUGCUCUCCGAGGACAAGUCGAUAUUGGAAAGUUCCGUGCGAAGCUCGACAUGGGUCUACGUGUUACCAGCGCCGAGGCAGUCUUCCAACUUGAGAUGAACAAUCUUGAUGCCAUGGAAAUUAUCCAGCUCGCUGGCGUCCUCAUUGAUAACCAAGCAAUGCAGCAGAUGAAAGGUACGGAGGACAAGCUAGUCUUCAAGGACCUUAAGCUAUAUGUCUCAUCUGGUGCUGAGUUUUUGGGUCGCUAUUACGAUCGUGGUAUUCAGGUCGGCGGUCUUGAAAUUACAUCUACGCGAGAGGGCGUUGAUCGGGCAACGAUGGAUAUUGAGAUGACCAAAGACAGGCAGAAGUUGUUCAUUGACGGCAGGAUCCGGUACUACAGCCUCGAGAUCAGUGUGUUUCUUGACCUUGACAUCCAAGAGCAGUACCUCAAAGUUGAUAUCAAGAUCAAGCUGACCGAGAGCUUGCUGUUGAGCCUCAAAGCUGAUGUCGUGGUAAAGAAUCACAAUUCUCUUGAAGGGGCUGAGAUGAGCUUCGAGGCAAUCUUGAAGACUGACAUCUUGGGUGUUAUCUUGCAAGGCAUCACGAACGGUAUUGACGCACUGCAUAAACUAGCCGACAAGGCCAUCGACAAUGCACGGAGCGACUUGACCACAAAACUCGCCCAGAAGAAAGCUGCCCUGAAAGCAAUGAAGAGUGAGCUGGAUAAGCUAGAAAAGAAGUGCACUGCAGAAGUCUUGAAGAAGCGGGAUGAGAUUGAUAAAGAGAACGAGUUAUUGAGGGGACUUCAUGAUGAGUUCGAUAAGUACGUAGAGGCUUACCGAGAAGCAAAGGAGGCCAAGGAGAGAAAUGAGAAGGAGAUUGAAAAGCAGCGAAAUUUGAGAGAUGAGGCAAGAAGGCGGCUUGGCACCAAGAAGACAGAGAUGAAGAAGAAGGAGGCGGACAGAAGUUGGCAAUGGUGGGGUCGACUCGAAAAAACGCGGUAUGAUUGGAAGAGGAAUUGCGAGUGGAACCUGAAUCAUUGUGCAUGGUAUGACAAGGCAUAUUGGGUCGCCAAGCUCACAGAAGCCACGCUAGGUCUCGAAGAAGCGCAUGCUCGAAAAGCAAUCGAUGCAGAACUCCGACACGCGGGAAAAGCCAUAAUGGACCCUCCAGCCUUCCGGAGCAUCGAAGUGGCGAUCAACGAAGCAGCCAGAAAGAUCGACCAGUUUGGAAGAGCGCUCGAUGGUCUCGUCAACAGAGGACUCGCGGCCUGGAUCGAGGAGAUGUUAAAGGAUGAAAGAGAAGAUCUGAAUCGUCAAAUCAGACUGCUCGAAGCAUUGGUAAUGAAGAGCGAGGAACUCGAGGCUGCUUACGAGCAAGCGAAGAAGGAUCUUGACAAGACUGAGGAGAUGCUCUCACCGAAACAAGAAGCUGCGAGGAAGAGUAUUGCUGAGAUUGAGGGAGAGAUCAAGAUGUUGCCUGCGCAACAUGAAUACAUGAACAAGAAGAAGGAUUACGAAAAAAUGGAGAUACAAGUCAACCAUCUCAUCGCAACGCUGGAUGAUAUUAAGAGGGUCAUGGGGGAGGUGUCGCAGAUCAGCAAGGAUGUUCUGAAUACCUUGAAGACGGGUAUUCCGCGUGUCACAGAAUAAUCGUCAGGGCAAGUAAAAGGACCUUUGCGGAUGAUAAGCCUUUUAUAUUUGAGAUUCAAGCCGUGUGGAUGGAUAUGCAUGAGACGUUCC